AUGUCAGAUAGGGAAAGAACUAUGUUUAAUCUUGGCCAAGCCAGAAAGCCAAAACCUACUUUAUCUUCAGCCCCUAUUGAAGACAUAUCGCUUUACCCUCAGCGUCGACAUUUAUCAUCAGACAACUCAACAUUAUCCCCUACAUCCAUGGAAAUUGAUUUACAGACCAUCUUAAGAAGAAUACAAAUGGACUUAAAUUUAGACAAAAGAGAGAUUGAUAUCUACCAGCGAGCUUUAGAUAGUCAUUACUUGCUAAAAACAACAGAAGAAGAAAAACUAUCCCUUGCAGAUGAUGAAAAUUUAAUUAACGAUUUAGAAAGAAUGGCAUCUCGAGAUGGAAAUAGGACGAUUUCAGGCACAAAGUUAAAGGAAAAUAUUGAAAAAUAUGUAAAAGCAAAAAUAAAGGCAGAAAAGCUAGUUAAAGAUUAUGGGAGACCUGAUAAAGAAGAACCUGAAAGACCAAGAUCUCCGAGUCUGCCUACAUUUUCAACAGCUUUGUCAAAGGAAUAUAUUAUCAAUGCCCUCCCCAGUAUUUCUAUCUAUGAAACUACAAAUGAGCUCAAUUCAGCUAAAAAAAUUAUUGAUAUUAUCAUAGAACAGACCAAUAAUACUCGAGGAAUCCCAAAUCGAAAAUCCGUUAUACUGUUAUAGCUAAUUAUCAAGUAUUUAAGGUGUCUGAUGCCCGUUCCCUAAUAAACCAACUGGUGAUGUCACUCGCGCCGAACCAAAAUGGAGGUUAGCCCAACCAAAUUGGUCAAUGCCAACGGAAACUCCAGGGCCGCACUUCUCACACGGCGCAAUGCUGUCACCCUUGUCAAACUUGGCUCCAGCGCGUGUUCCGCCUAAGAGUCAUCCUCCCGUGAGAAUGUGCCAAGUGGUAAAGCCCCAAGCAUCUUAAAUGCACUGAGGAGCAGUUCCUCUGGUUAUCCCCAGAGUUAAACCGCUGUUGCUGUGCAGAAGUUCUCGAAGUAAAGCCAAAUCCAUAAAUAAAAUUCAUGAGGAGAGAAAAUUAGCAGGGCUCUCGUACGAAUGCCAUUUUAUUUAUGAAAAUCCGUUAUACAGCUUUACACAACUUAUGCAAUAAAUUAUUUGCAAGGACCAAUAAAAACCAAAAAAACAGCUCAAAUCAGCGAAAUUUUAAAAAAUCAGCUUGAAAAAGCUGGAAAAAGCCAAUAUGAUUUUGAAGCAGUUUUUAAAGCUCUAGAAUUUGUAUGAAUUGAAGAAGAAGAAUAUGAAAUUGAGCCUGUAGAGCCAGUUAAGCCACAUGCGGCUAAGGUGAAAGUAAAAUCAGGAAGACCUGGAGAAGCAGAAGAUAUUAAAUCACUAAAAGAGGCAGCUGAGACGCUAAAAAAUAAUAAUUUGCAAACAGAAAAAGACAUUGAAAUGCUGAAAUUGACGAUUGAAAAAGCUGUUAAAUUAAAUUAAAUUGGGAGUCUUAAGCCAUUCCAGAUUUGAUGCCUCCACAAGCUUGCGACUACCGACAAUUGCUUGCUAGGGGUAGCUAAGCUGCCUGAGCCCUAUCAGCAGUAAUCUUCUCUUGGAACUUGGGCCUUGCGCUGCAUCCCUGAGCUUCGACGGGCUAGGAAGACCCCUCUAUACUGUGGGUCUCACGGAUGCUAUGGAGGCAAAGGGCUAGCCCGAUGCCUCCUGUCGGCCACCUUUAUUAAGGGUGGCAUCCAGAAAAAAAAACCACGGCCCUUAGGGAAAAAAUUUAUGGCUUAAAACCAUCCGGAUAAUCAACACCUCGAUCACAUAUGGCCUCCAUACAGCAAGCUUAGGGUUAGAAUCAAAAGGCCUGAACCAGCCUAGGCUAUAAAGCCAUUUGGCGCUCAAAGUGAUGCGUCGUCAGCAAGGGAAUAUUUUUUCGCCACCACCAUAUUAAUUAUAAAGCAGUUAAGGAAAAAAAUAUUUUAGAAAAAAAAUUGCAAGAAAAUGAUUUGUUUUUACAAAAAAAGCUUGACGAAAAGAAAAAUUAUGAGCAAGAGCAUGAGGCUUAUUUAAAUCUGCAGAAAAGACAAAUUGAGCUUCAAGAGCAGCUAAAUGGACAGCAGCAAGACUUAGUAAAUAAAUCCAGAGAACUAGAAAUAUUGAAAAACCAGUAUGAAAGCCAUAUAAAAUCACAAGAAGUGCUCUUUGCUGACCAAGUUAAUGAAUUAAAUGAAUUAAGACAAAAAAAUCAAGACGUAGAGUAUUAUAUAAAAAUGCAAUGUGAAAUCAAAGAAGAAAAUCAGAAAAUUCAGAGAAAAAUUGAAGAAAUAAUGAAAAAUGGGACAACAAAGCAAGAUCUGGAAAAAUAUUUUAUUCAAACAGAUCAUCUGAAAGAGCGCAUGCAACAGCUGAAUAAUGAGAAAAAAUUGAUUGAAAAAAAUAACACAAUUUUGGAUGAAGAGCUGAAUUUUGUAUUGCAAUAUAAACAAGAUAUCGAUAAAAAUCUGAUAGAUUGCUAUAAAAAAAGAAGUGAAAAUCUUGAUAAUAUAGAAGAAGAGCUGAUAUCAAGAGAUGAGGACUUAAUUAUUAGGGAGCAAAAAUUUAGGGAUCAGUAUGAUACGAUAGAAAAAGAGUCGUUAAUUGCAAAAAGAAAUAUGAUCAGUUCAAUUGGAAACGAAUUUUCUAAAGCACGCAGCUUGCCCGAUCAUUAUGCUUUAUAUUUUGGGAUUUGUGUUAUUUCUUUUAUAAUCGGAAUUUUCCUCUCAAAAGCCGAAUAUUAA